CGCUGCCCCAACGCUUUGCCCGGCCUACGCGCCGCCUGGCGGCGUAAUCAGGACGUUCGCGAUCGUCAGGGACCGUUGUCGAGGCGGCUCGGGCAGCCGCGCGGCGCGGGGCAGCCAAGGGGCGAAACGCCAAGAUGAAUCGCAUGCUGCAGAAGCAAAAGGACCGCGCGGCGAUGCAGAAGGUGCUCGGCAAGGAGGACGCGGAGAAGCCAAAGCCGCGGACCAUCCGCGACCGCAUCAACGACCUCCAGCACAAGCAAUACAUCAAGGGCGCGCAAAUCUUCGCGACGCAGUACACGACGAUGCACAAGUGCGCCGAAACGAAUAAUCUCAGCGGCCUGGGCCACUUCCUCCGCACCGGGGACGUCGACGCGCGCGACCGCUGGGGGAACACGUGCCUGCACCUCGCCUGCGAGAAGGGCUUCCUCGAGUUCGUCGAGCGGCUCCUGGACCACGAGGCGGACCCGCUGGCGCGGAACAACAAGGGCUGGACCGCCGCGCACGCCGCGUGCGUCGGCGGCCACGCAAAGGUCUUCCGCGCGCUGUCGACGGCCGGCGUCCUCCUUCGACGCGCGAGCGUCGGACCGCGUCUACGCCUCCCUAGAGUUCGGGGCGCCGUCGACGCGACUCGUCGCUCACCGCCUGGUCCCGCGCAGCUACGAGACGGGCCUCUCGGUCCGCGAGCGCGACAACACGGGCGCGACGCCGGCCCACUACGCGGCGCAGGCCGACAACCCGGAGCUCCUGGCGACGAUCCACCGCUGCCAGCCCAGGCCCAGGGUCAAGCUCGAGGGCGGCGACGCCGACCGGUCCGGCGCGGUCCGCACGACGUCGCGCGCGUCGCGGUCGUCGCUCGCGUCGAGGGCGUCGACGAGGUCCGGCGACGGCAAGGCGGGCGACGACGACGACGACGAGACGGACGACGGCUGGCCCGACGACGACGACGACUUCGGCCGCAAGGGCCGGUACUGCACCAACUUCUGCGGGUGCCCCGGCUACGACUUCCGGUCGCCCGAGGACGACGAGGGCGCGACCCUGCCGCCCGCCCCGAUCGCGCGCGCAUCCGCAAACGAGGCGUGGGACAAGCUCGACGAGCUCGAGCGAAAGGCGCGGGAGCUCCGCAACCAGCUCGAGGUCGCGAAGAGGACGCUCUCCGCCGAGGUCGCGGCGCGGAAGAAGAAGGAGGAAGACCUCGAGCGCCGCAAGAUAAAGAAGGACGGUCGAGUGGACCCGCGCAUGCAAAAGGAGGAGGACAAGCUGACCAAGAAGCGGAUCAAGCACCAGAAGGCGUUGGCCAAGAACGAAUCGCGCGAGAAACGCAUCGCCGAGGUGGACCUCGACGUCAUCGACGCGCGCGAAGUCGCGACCGGGGCCGAGGCGACCGCGCGGGCCGCCGAGCUCCGCGCCGCGGCGCUCCUCGAGGACGCGAUGAGGCCGCCGCCGCCGCCGAUCGACGUGCUCGAGGGGAAAAUGAACAACGGCAACUCGCCGGUCCACGUCGCCGCGCUCUUCGACUCGCCCCACGCGCUCGAGUACCUGCGCUCGGUCGGCUGCGACCUCGAGCCCCGCUGCCAGUCCGGCGAGACGCCGCUCGUCAAGGCCGCGCGCGCCCAGGCCAUGCGCGCCUACAAAUUCCUGCUCGAGCACGGCACGCCCCACGCCGAGAUCGAGCACCGGAACCGCGAGGACGACAACGCGCGCCAGCUCAUCAUCGACAACACGCGCCACUGGCACAUCAGCGGCGGCGCCUCGGUCGAGUACACAAAGUAACUUAAAAGUAUG